CAGCUCUUCUCAUCUCAGCGAGUACUCAUUUCAUUAAGAACAUCCUGCAUUGACACUCGUGCGGAUACUAUCGACGUUUCAGUGAGUCCUCACAAACGCAGUCGAUUGGAACGGUCUCCAUGCGUGUCAUCGUCACAGGCGCCUCUGGUAUCCUCGGAUCCGCCGUAUACAAGGCAUACAAGGCCGCUGGAAACGAUGUUCUUGGUCUAGCCCACUCGCGUCCAACUGGAGAGCUGAAGAAGCUCGACCUGCUCGAUUCUGCGGAAGUGGAGCGGGCAUUCAUUGAGUUCAAGCCAGACUGGGUUAUCCAUUGUGCUGCAGAGCGCAGGCCGGAUGUCGCAGAGAAGGAUCCAGAGGGUGCCCAACAGCUUAACGUCAGCGUGCCCGAGCACCUAGCCAAGACCGCGAAGGCGCUCAAGUUCACGCUCGUCUACAUCUCCACGGACUACGUCUUCGACGGCACCUCCCCGCCGUACCCGCCCUCCGCGCGCACGAACCCGGUCAACCUCUAUGGGCGCACGAAACGCGACGGCGAACUCUCCGUGCUCGGCGUCGUCGGCGCGCGCGCGAUCGUCCUCCGCGUGCCCGUCCUCUACGGCCCCGCGCCGAACAACGCGGACACGGCUGUGAACAUCCUGCUCGACGUCGUGGCGGACCAGAGCGGGAAACAGUACAAGAUGGACCACUACGCGACACGCUACCCAACGUGUGUCGUGGACAUCGCUGAUUUCCUCCUCAGGCUAUCUGCGCUGCCUACGUCGAAGGCGAUCCCGCCGAUCCUGCACUACUCUUCCGGCGAGCCUUUCACCAAGUACGAGAUGUGCCUGAUCUUUUCUCGCCUGCUCGGUGUGCCUCACAGCCAUAUCAUUCCGGACGCCGAAGCUCCAAAGGGAGACGCAGCCACAACUCGCCCGCGAGACUGCCAGUUGUACACGCGCGAGACAGAGGACCUAACCGAGGGCUAUGGCGGGCUCGGCUGGACUCCGUUCGAGGAGUGGUGGCAGGAGUAUCUGAAGACCAAGCAGUAGAUUGAUCGUCAACAAGUCGGCGGCGGGCAGAAGCAAAAUUGGAAUGAAGUGUUUGUACAUGUAUGAUCCGGAGCGAUGGCUAUGAACAUGCUGCAUGAAAACACAA